AUGUGUAUACGAGAUGCCAAUUUAUUGCUGAAACUUCCGUUGCAAUACGGUAAAAUUAAAGUAUCGUUCGAUCAAUUGCCUAAUUAUCUAUAUGAUAAAAGAUCAAAUGUUAAUAGAGGUUUACUACAAUUUGGCAGUUGCCAGGUAUCUCAAUUGUUGAAGUUGAGUGAUCUGGUAAUCGAUUACAUCAGUUGUAUCUUAUGUUUGUUCGAAGAUGAGCUAUCCGAAACUGUUUAUAAUGUUUUAGUCGAUGAUCUGAUGUUGUCUGUGUUGAACGCAAUAUGUAUCUAUCGUGAAGUAGCCAUCAAGACUAUGGAGACUUCCUAUAGGUCAGAGGAUAAGGAUUCGCAUUGGAGCACUAGUGGAGUGUAUAUUAAGAAAGCAUUAGGUUUGCUACAAUAUUUCAAAAAUUGUAAAAUUACAGAUGACCCUACUUUUUUGUCAAUAUUAAAUAAUAUAUCUGUUGAAUUAAAAGUAGUGCAACAGUUAGGAAUGGUUAUCUUGGUGUUGUCGAAAUUGAGGAAUAAGAUCUAUCGUAACACAAGAGAUGCUGUCAUGGACUUUCAUAAUGAAGAUAUUAAUGAAUUGUCUCACUCAAGCAUGCUGUAUGCUAAACUUGUAAUAGGUUGUAAAGAUCAAAUUGCAGGUCUACCUCGGACUUCUAUUAUAAAUGAACAAACUCAUUCAUAUUUAGAAGCGCUUGCAUUGAUUCUUUUGUCAAUGGAUCAAUACCAAAAGGAUGAAUGUGGGGUUGCCAUUGGAAUGAUCAACUCUGCAGUUAAUGAGCUUUCAAAGAUCGUACCUAUUUCAAAAUUGAAUGAUUCUUUACUGGUUAAACAAAAGAAAACUGAUAAAAUUAAGAAUAUGCUGAAGAAAAGGCCAUCUUUAGAGUCGUCAAACUCUUCUAUAAUAAUGAAAAUGACAAAUUCAUCACCACUACCAGCAUUAUUAAAGAACACGUUAGAUGACUUUGUUGUGCCAUUGACCAUCUUACUUCGAUACAGGUAUCAACAAACGAAUGAUAAUGUGUCAUUUAAACCAAUAGAGAAAAAUGUAGAGGUAAUUCAUGGGUUGUACCCUCAGGGUAAGGUUCCUCAAUUGGAUGGAACGAUCUGGAUUUUUGACAAUAUGGUUCUUAAAGAAUUAAAUGCUUCAAACUCAUCAUCCAAUGAAGUUACCAAUUAUUACUAG